AUGCAAAAGGGUCCCGAUGACGAACUAAUGCCAAUGAUCGAUCUGGCCAACGUGGCUUGCGGCUUCCAUGGCGGCGACCCCGUCACCAUGCACAAGACCAUCAAAUUGGCAAAGAAGUACAACGUCCCGGUGGGCGCUCAUCCAUCCUUACCUGACCGCGAAGGCUUCGGUCGGCGGUAUAUCGACAUCUCUCCGGCCGACCUAUACGACCAGCUGGUGUACCAGAUAGGCGCGUUGGUCGGGAUGCUGCGGGCAGAGGGGAUGGAAUUGAACCACGUCAAGACCCACGGCUAUCUCUACCGCUUCACUCAGGCAAGUGAGGAGCAUUGCGAGGCCGUCAUCAGGGCCAUCAAGCUGUUCAAUGUCCCAUGCGUCCAGGUCGCCGGAAGUAGGCAGGAGAAGAUGGCAGCCAAAUUCGGAGUGCCUUUUAUUCCCGAAUUCUACCCCGAUCUGCAUUAUGACACCGCUGGCGGACUGGUUCCUCUUCUCACCUCAUCUAGAGUGCCUAUCGACACCAUCAAGGAGAAGGUGGAAAAGCUCAUCAACCAAGACAUUGUGCUCACCCAGGAGAACGAGCCGGUCAGGAUAGGAUUGGAGGGUCGAUCUUUCAGCUGCUGCAUCCAUAGCGACCUACCCAGUAAGUCUCGGAACGGCCAGUCCAUCGCCCAAUCGCCCAAGCUGACACAAGCUGGUCAGACGCUGUAG